AAAAUUCUAAGGAAUUCUACGUAAAGCUAUUAGAACCAAACAGCAUGUAAGUAGAAGUGUAAAACCCUUGCAUAUCUUCGAUCCAUCGAAGGGGAAGCCAUAAACCAGUACCAAAUUCAGCUCAGAAAAUGGUGGCCACCAAUCUCAAAGCAGAAACAGUGAAGCUUGCAGAGAGGAGAGCCGUCAUCGAAGCAGAGAUGAAUGCUAUCAUUGAGCGCCUUUGUCAGCCUGGCGGUCCCGGUCUCUCCGGCAAUCUCGUCGACGCCGAGGGAUUUCCUCGUGCAGAUAUUGACAUUCCAGCUGUGAGAGCAGAGCGGAAUCGUCUUGCUGUGCUGCGAAGUGAUCACAAGGAGAUCACAGAGAAAAUAUCUGAAAAUAUACUAGUUCUGCAUUCAGCUAGACUUGCUUCUAGACCAUCAUCCCCUAAGGAUUCAGUGCAUGAUGGAGCAUCAAAUAAUCUAGACUCAUCAACUGCCACUGCUGCUGCAUCCUCUCACAAUGUUGUUCUAGGCGAGUCUCCCAGUUCUAUGGAUUUGGAUGUGAUUGUCAGCAUACCCUUUGCAGUGGUUGAUGCAAUAGCUGAUGGAUCUCCUACAGCCGAGGAUGGUUUACAACUUGGAGAUCAGAUUGUUAAAUUUGGCAGUGUGGAAUACAAAGUUGGUGAUCAUCUUCUGCAAAGUCUUGCUACUGAGGCUCAGGCAAAUCAGGGUCAUGCAAUACCUGUUGUAGUUUUGAGGCAAGGUGCCCCAAUGAAUGCAACAGUAACUCCAAGAGCAUGGCAAGGCAGAGGUCUACUGGGUUGCAGUUUCCGGAUUUUAUAGCUGGUUAUAUUCUGUUAUUCCGUGGUGUGAACUGGGUAGAGUGGUUUGUAUUUUGCUUGUAAGGCAGUGCCUGGAUUGGCAUGUUUACAGCAAACACAUCCUUUCUCGUUUCUUAUUUUUCUGGGAAGCAAACUAAUUAUUCUAUGUAGUUUCAGGAUUUUAUAACUGUUAUAUAAGGAAUCACAAGUUUGGAUUACUUGAGAUUCUGUGGAAAAUAUAUGAAAACAGUUCUUUCGAUUCA